AUGACACAUUUUUCACGUUUAAAAGUUUACUUAACAUCAUUUACUAAAUUCAAAGUUACUGUUGCUAAACAGGUUUAAAGUCUCAUACAUGCAGGAUCACCAUGCAUUUUCAAACAGGUUUGGCGCUGCUAUGUCAGCUACAACCAUGUAGUUACUGUUUUUCACGUGCUAUUUGCCGUGCAAUGGAUAGUUUAGUUUCAGAAAGGUAUAAUUAAUUAAAAAUUAAAGUAAAGAGCUGACACCUUUAGAACUCCUGAAAAACAUGUUAAUAAUCUGUUCUUUAUUUUUUGUUAGCUGCAUGCAAUGCAGUAAUAUCCAUGCAAAUAUAACAAUAGAUCGCCAAUUUUUAAUUCUACUAAAUUUUUACAGGAAGGCGGCACAGCAGUUGAUGCUGUAGAAGAAGCAGUUCGUUUACUGGAAGACAAUAAGUACUUUAAUGCUGGCCAUGGAUCAUUACUGACCAAUAAUGGUGAAGUGGAAUGCGAUGCAAUGAUUAUGGAUGGACACACAAUGAAUACAGGUAUUUGAUUCAUAAUAUAUAUUUGAUAUAAUUAUAAGUGAUAUAUUAAUGACAAACUUGUGCCAGUAUAUCCUGACAUAUAGGCACAAGUUUAUCAUUGAUAUAUCAUUUAUAAAUGACGAUUAUGACAUAAAAGAAGGCGAUAUCGUCACUGAUAUUUUUUUGUCACUGAUAUCGUUUUUUGUCACUGAUAUGGCUUUCUGUUCCGCUAUAUUUGUCGCUGUCAAAACAAAGAUGGCUGACUCAAGGUUCGUAUAAUUUAGUCGAUGUUGACAGCUUUAAUAUCGAAGAAUAAAGUGAUAAUAUACAAAGCGAAAAACAGACGGCGACCAUCCGCUAUUCAAAGAUAAAUUAGUCUUUGUUUUUUUUUAAGUUCUAUCUGUUUUGUCUUUGGGGCAAUGUUUAUUUUAAAAAUAAAUUCUGACCCUGAUAAAGGCACAAGUAUGUGAUAAACAGGUUAUCAUAAUAUGUAGGUGAGGUGGUAUCAGUUUCAGAACGAUAUCAUAAAUGUCCCUCGUUGGCUGCGCUCACUUGUGACAUUUAUGAUAUCGUAUACUUCAAACGAUAAAACUGAUAUUACCUCACCCCUCAUAUGAUAACCUAUACAUAUGUAUAUAAAUCGAUCCAUAUAUGAUAAAUAUACAUAUAAAAUAAAAACAUAAAAUAAUAUAUUUAUAUACCCAGUACAAUAGCCGAGUGUUUAACGCCUUUUUUGAGUGUUUUCCCAAUAUUCCCGAAUGCACACUGACGCUUGCAUGGAAAGCAUUUCUAUUAUAAUAUUAUGGAAGAAGAUAUUACACAGUAAAAAAUUUUAUUUGAAAGAUCGAUUUUGGAAUUCUCCUAUUAUUUAAUUAGUGACGUCAGUCACAAGCUCUAACUCAUCGCUUAGCAACAGCCCAUCUACUUGUCAUGUAGUGUGGGUAGUUUUGACAUUUUUAAAAAAUUCUGUCUCCAUUAAUUUUGACAAGCACUUUCCAAAAUCAAGCAGUCUCCAUAAAAAUACUUUUCAACUGCAAUUCAAUCAAAAUUAGCUAGCGUUGUAGGAGCAAUGUUAGAACCGCGAUCACAAACCACUAAACGAGAAUGCGAUCUGCAUGGAAUCCCAAGCCAAGCAAUGAAAACAAUAGACCUGAUGUAUAAUAACGUCACAAGGCGUGAUGUGCGCGGUUUUAGUAGUUACGGCGGGAAAACAAUCCAACAUGGCAACUGUCGUAGGUGAGUGUGCUGCUGUUCUUUGUCGGCUUUUAGAGGCUGUUCAAGCCAAUGAAGAUCCUAUAGUUCUUUGCAGAACUCUUGCACGGGUCUUCAAGAGGUUUGGUAGCCCUGAAAGUAACGGCAACAGUCCGCUUUCAUUGACCAGUACAAGUAGAAGAAGUGGCGGUUUUACGUGUUAUGCUCCUGGUUGUUUGACCAACAAUAAAAUAAAUCCCGAGCCGUCAUUUUAUAAUUCUCCAAGUGGUAAAAGUGUGGGAAUUUAAAAGAACUCCGUAAGAAAGUGGAUAAACGUAACAUGCCAUAGAGUGUGUUCUUUGCAUUUUUCAGGAAAACGUAAAACGUACAUGAACCAUGCAGCUGCCAUAUUUGAAUGUUGCAGAGCCUACACCAACGAAUUAUGGACUAACAAUAAAAGGCACAGAAUAUAAUUCUUUUAUAUAUAACAAAAUAUAGUAAAACAACCAGGAACACAGCACGUAAAACCCGCCACGUAUUUUACUCGUAAUGGUCGAUGAAAGCGGACUGUUGACAUUACGUUCAAGGCUGUCAAACCUCUUGAAGACACGUACAAGAGUUCUGGAAAGAACUAGGAUCUUCAAUGGCUUGAACAGCCUCUAAAAGACAACAAAGAACAGCAGCGCACCUACCUACGACAGUAGCCAUGUUGGAUUGUUUUCCAGCCGUGACUACCAUAGAUAUAGGAGACCUAGAUUGCUGACUCGGCUGAAAAGGCGUGCCAAAUUUGAAAAUCCAAGGUGGCGGCUCAACCGGUCAAAAAUCAUAGACGGUGCAUAGGAAAAACGAUGUUUUUUGCAUUUUACGUCCGCCUACUGUUGCCGAUCCCGUUGAACCAUGCACCUUUUUUGGGGAGGAACUAACUGGUAUGAAAGUUUUGGAUGUGUAUAUGUUCUAAUUAGUACAAUUUACAAUUUAAAAUUCGAUCGGGCAAGAAUGCGCAAGGACGAAAAGGGCGCGAAACUGCCGGCCUGGUUUCUUUUCCUGUGUAUUCCUUCAGUCUUUUACCGGUUUUUCUCAAGUAACAUGAUAUAGAUGAUAGAUCUAACUAUUCGAAAAGCUACAAUUGUUUAUUUUGUUCUUUCGUUGUUAUUCAAACCAAAAUACAGUAUUUUCAUCUGAAAAUUCUAGGGCAUUCUAUUCUAAAAAAUCUGUUUUUUAUCCGGCGAAAAGGAUGCCUUCAAUCUCGGCCUAGAUCGUGUUCAGCUAUAACUGCAAGGCCAGACGUGGGGAUUUCAAAGAUGGUAUUUGCUUGUCCUUCCAUAAGUAAGACUAUGAAACACGCAUAUUGUUUAUUUGUACACUAUAACAUACUUCAUAUAAACGGAAUAGUUUAAGACUAUUAAAAAAUAGGUACGCUAGGCGUACAUGAAUCUGUGCAAAGGAAUUGCAAGCUAGUCUCCCUCACAGCCGCUCUUUGUGUUCAGUUUCUCCACACGAGCGGCUGCUCACUCGAGCACAAAUUCCUUUCCUGAAAACAACCAAUCACUGUAAUGCUUCUAAAUUUUGAAAACAUGACUUUGGACUUGUUAAGAUAUUUAUGUCGCUAAAUUUAUUUAGAUAUUUAUGUCGCUAAAUAUAUCUGAUUGGCUAAAGUAAGACGAAGGGAAUGGAAUGUUGUGCUUGAGUGAGCUGCCACUCAUGGGGAAAAACCUUGGCAAAAAGAGUGGCUGCGAAGGAGACUACUAUAUUGCCAGCAGUUUACUUAAUUAAAUUAAUAGCCAACUGCCGGCUGUAUAGACAGUAUAGUCACUUCGAAAUAUAAAUGUUUCAGAUAAUUUUACUCGUCAAGGAGAGAGUGCUGACGCUUAAUGGGUUAGUAAGAGAGAGAGAGCAAUUAAUAAAAGGCCAAUCCAAGGGAUAGCUGAAAGAAGAUGCUGUCCCAUCUAUUUUCGAUUAUCAAUGAUGAAUCAAUCAGGUUUCUUGAAUAGAACUAGAUAUACUGUGAAGGUUUAAUGCAUACUAGACAAAUUAGUCAGUUUCUUCAAACUAGUUUCCGUUGAAAACUUUCGUUGUCACUAGUUCUCUCUAAAAUCCUGAUUGACUCAUCACUUUUCACUGUCCAGGCCAUAUAACUUGAGAUCCCUUGACAUCUGCAGCAGCAAGGAGGUCAUCAAAAUCACACUAAAUACUUGUAAACAGAGCAUCAUAGUUUUCGCACCAGUGGACCAGGUAAAUCAAGCAAAAUAGGUUUUAACUUCAAAAUAUUUCACAAUAUUAUUCCCUGUUAUAUAUCCCAACCGAGAUCCUCGAGAAAAAAAGUACCCAAAGAACCAAAACCUUUAUUUUCUGGAAAAAAAUGUCUUGAACUGCUCAACCGACGAUGUGAAGAUUUUCAGAAAACACUUAGCGAUCGAUUAUUUCGUUUGAAAUUAAAUUGUACAAAUAUUCAUCCAAAACCUUCACACCAGUUAGUUCUUCCCAAAAUAAUGUGAUAGAACGGGAUCGGAAACUGUAGGACGACGCAAAAUGCAAAAAACAUGGUUUUUCCCUAUACCGUUCUUAUGAUUUUUGACCAGUUGAGCCGUCAUUUUGAAUACUCAUGUUUGCGCGUGGCGUGCGUUAUAAAAAACAUUACAGACAGCUAGCAUUCAGCAAUCUAGGUCUCCUAUGUCUAUGGUGACUAGUAACACCAGAAUUCCCCGCGCGCAUGUGUUGUGACAAACGUCAUUAUACAUAAGGUCUAUUGCAAGAAAGAAAAGCGAACCAGAUCUUCUCUAAAUGAAAAUUGUUUGUCCAAAGCAUUUUAUAUCAAUUAGAACUGAGGAGUUGCGACAACGGAGAAGAUGCAACAAAAAUGAACAAGUGGUAGGAAAAAAUGCAACUUUCAAGGAAAAAACUUCUUAUAUCAUCAAAUUUUAUAACAAAAAUUUAUUGACCAAAAGAUUCAUUUUCAAGCCAAGCGGCACAACGUUAAAAAUUGCAUUAUUGCUGAUGUUGCUGCUGUCUCGACAGACUUAAACCCUGUAUUUUUAUGGUUUGGAAUCUGUUCCACACUAGGGAGUAGGGAAUUUACAGGCUCAUUAGCAUUCCGAGAAAGCCACUGCUAAGUACUUCUUCAAUAGCUUCUUCUCACUAAGUUGAUCGAAUAGCGGAGUAAGAAAUUCAAGCCUGGAUCAAGAUGAUGUGAUUUGUUCACAAAAGGAGCACUAAUCAGUUCCAACUGCUUUGUCUCUCUUGUAGGAACACAAUGGACUUUCACCUUCAGGACAGUACUGAUGCCGCUUUUUCAUCAACAGUCUUGACACUGUGAUACAACACUCCUUUGAUCUCACCUUGCAUUUUCGUUACAGCAUUGUCAAUUUCUCGUUUAGUUUUCUCUUUUUUAUCAACGCAACGUCUGAUGGCAUUUUUAUAAUAUUUCUGCAGUUUGUCAAUUGUAGGCCUGGUGAGUCUUCCAGCUUUACCUCUUUCCACCAUAUUGAUGUACUGAAAUCUAUGCUUUUAAACAGAUCUGCUAUAUAAAAUUCUGGCUGCUUCUUUCUCCAUAACAGGACUGGAACCGUUAUAAUUUUUCUUUGCAGCUUUGAAAAGUUCACAAACGUUUGACAAAACAACAUAUGCCAAGACAUCCCCUGUGUCGGCAGAAAUAACAAUCCAUACUCCACAGUUGGCAGUAAAGUCUCUUUUGCUUCAUAUGCCAUCAAAUGACCAGCAAUAUCGAGUAUUUCUGUGUGAUCCUUGUUGUAUAGGAACGUUCUUACUCGAUGACCAGCAUCGUUCAAUCUUUCUUCCCGGACUUUUCUUGUUGCUAGAUUCACCGAUUGAUUGUGUUUUUGGAAAGCACACAACUAACUGGAUGUGGCAAAUUAAAAAUCUCCCAAAUAGUUACACGAGCUUCCCUAUACCUAAGCCCAGAUUAGUUCAAAGAAAGAUUAGUUCUGCGAUUGCCAUCAAAAUAACAUAUCUUUCCCCCGCCUGACUUCGAUAUAUCCAUGGCAACCCUCUGCUUGCAUUCUGUGCACUCAAAAUAAUCAAUACUGCUCAAUUCAGCACGCUUUGAAGCAUCUUCACAAGUUAUAAUCUUUCCAUUUUUACACUUACGCAUGCUCUCAAAAGUUUUCCUAUAAAGUUUUCAACACAAACAGUCCGAUAUACUUCUUGUUCUUGUGAAGUUUGCUUUGUAGUUAUCACUUCAACUUCGGGAGUUUAAUGUGAUUGUAAAUUAGCAUUCUCCAGUUUCCUUGCCGAUGUUGACUUUACUUCAUGUAAUUUCAUUCAAUAAGUCGUCGUGAUAUACAACAGGAUCUGGAUCAGAAGAGUUUUGAAGGCUGGUAGAUUGAGAGAAAUGAACAAGACUCUCCUCCAAAACAUUAUCGCCAUCUUCGCAAAUAUCAGAGGGUUUUUUUAUUUGUUUUCACGCGAAACUUUUUUCCUUAUUUGGAACCUUUUGGCAAUAUUAAACACAAAAAUGCAAGAAGAUGUAACAACAAAACAGAAAAUUUACAGAAUAUAUUCUCAAAGCCUCGUGCUCUUCAAAGUGGAAAUAUGUCAAUGAGUAAAAUUAUGCAAUUAUAGCAUGUCCCUAUGUGUCUCUCAUACCCAUAAUUGGCAUAAGAAGCCUUGUAUCAAAUUUUCACAUUGAAAUCGUACAGUAAAACAACUUUUUGAGAGGAUUUUUGAAGCCCGUUUCCAUCGCAACUUAAAUAAAAUCUCAGGUCCUUUCUCUAAAGUCUAUUUAUUCCUUAAAACGUAUGGAAAUUUAAAGACUAAACAUAUAUGGCACUGAUUUUUCGAUACUUUAUACACGUCAAUGAAACACUUGGGUUUUUUUCACAUUUAGGUUGGGAAAAGUACAUUUUGGGCUUGAAGCUAAACCCAUUGAAAUCAGCUCAGCUUAUUUUUAGUUUUAUCUUUAGUAUCGAUAGUGAGGAAUUUUCAAAUUUUUGGAUCGAUUUUGAGUUUGAGAAUUGUCUUCAGUCCCCGGUUUGUUUUGGCGCAAAACGUGAGAGGUCCGUAACGUGUGCGAGAGGUCCGUAUCGUGUAAUACGGUCCUCUCGCCAACCAAAAACAGAAGGCUCCAUCUACGUUACGGAUCUGGGAUUAGGGAAAAAUUUACACCGAAGACUGUUUUUCAAACUGUUCUACAAGUUUUUUGUUCUGCAAGAAUUCUCGAUAAGCUUUUUUAUGAUCUUUCUCAAAACUUGAUCUAAAUCGUUCACCCGUCGACUUUACAGAAUAUCUGAAAGUACAGUAGGUGGCCAAAAAAACCGUUUCACCUUUUGACUCGGGCGGGUGUUCAUUUGACUCCCGUCUCCAGUGAGAAAUAGUUCGGUAUUCACUGUAGUUCUCGUUCUCAGUAUUUUAGUACUCUCGUAGCUUCAGCAAAUUCAUUGCAAACCAUACGCUAAUCAUUCACUUGUUCGUUCGCUUGUAAACCGGAUAUUACACGGCGGAGCGAAGGUAUGACUUUUAUCUUAGAGUGGUGAAAACAAUAUUUGCGAACGAGCGCAGCGAAUGAGUAAUAAUAUUGUUUUUAACACGAGAAGAUAAAAGUCAUAUCUUCAAGCCACCAUAUAAUGUUCUGUUUAUUUUAUAGUACGAAGCAAAAAAUUGUGAAAUUUCACGCUCAAAAGCUAAUUGGAAAAGUCACGUGAUCGAAAUCUUCACUAUAUAUCUCACGUGAUAGAUAUCUUCAGCGAAGAUAUGGAAAAUAUCUCACUGUGUAUUUUUCAGUAUCUCACUCUCUACUACAUAAUAAAGUUUACUAUUGUUUUUUUCGUAAUUUUGUCGUUGGUUGGUCUGUUAUUUUUGGUGGCCUACCGAAGUAAAUGAUUGUCAUUCCCAACAAAAGCGAAACAUAUAUUGAAUCCGUUAAUACUAAUAAUUUUACAAAUUUCCGACAUUUUUUCUCCGAUAUACAACAUAAAACGUAGUUACAUUGUAUUAUUUGAAUUUAAAAUUAAAAUGACAGUUCUAGCUGAUUGUUUAGUUUCGAUAUUGGGGGCGGGGGGGGUGGCGGGACUGAAAGUAAUACCCACUCCCGUUUGAUAUUGUGAGGAUGGGGGAUCCCCCUUGGCCACAUGCUCCCUGCGCCUCUUUUCUCACCACGUUAGAACUCAAAAUCAAUAUCUAUCCUAAUUAUAUUCAAUUAAUUAUAUUAGGGGAAAUAGAUUUGUGUAUUAAUUGGAGAACAACACACUGUCUACAUCUGCAUCUUAAUUUUUAGGCGCUGUGAUGGGUGCACGCCAUUUUUCAAAUCCUGUUUCAAUAUCCAGAAAAAUCAUGGAAGAAUCAUAUCAUUGCGCCUUAAGUGGAGAUGGAGCCCUGAAAUUUGCUGAGAAAAUAGGCUUUACCGGGAUUUGUGAACCUGGCGAUCUUGUAGAAGAAGAGACAAGUUUGAAACACAAAUUUGACUACGAGAGUUAUCCGGAAUUU